AUGGCGUCCAAGCCUGGCAUACUAACUAAUUGGCCAUGGAAGCCUCUUGGGAGUUUUAAGUGGGUGAUUUUGACACCAUGGAUUGUACACAGCACCUAUUCUUUCCUAGCAAAAGAUCCAAAGGAGAGGGACCUUAGUUACUUCCUCAUCUUCCCAUAUAUGAUGGUGAGAAUGCUACACGACCAGAUUUGGAUCACUCUGUCUCGGUAUCGAACUGCCAAAGGCAAAAACAGAAUCGUUGACAAGGGCAUUGAGUUUGAACAAGUUGAUCGAGAAAGCAAUUGGGAUGACCAGAUCUUGUUCAAUGGGCUCUUGUUUUAUAUAGGUCAUAUGCUAAUUCCAGAAUCUUCUCACUUGCCCUUGUGGAAAACAGAUGGUGUUGUUAUCACAGCUUUGUUGCAUGCUGGACCAGUGGAGUAUCUUUAUUAUUGGUUACACAGAGCACUUCAUCACCACUUCCUCUAUUCUCGUUACCAUUCUCACCAUCAUUCAUCCAUUGUUACAGAACCCAUUACUUCUGUGAUCCAUCCAUUUGCCGAACACAUGGCCUACUUUGUGCUAUUUGCCAUUCCACUAUUAACAACAAUAGUUACAAGAACAGCAUCCAUAGCAUCCUUUGCAGGCUAUCUCGCAUACAUUGACUUCAUGAACAAUUUGGGACACUGCAAUUUCGAGUUCAUUCCAAAGGCUAUCUUCUCCACCUUUCCCUUCCUAAAGUAUCUCAUGUAUACGCCAUCGUUCCACUCACUGCAUCAUACACAGUUUCGGACAAACUACUCACUUUUCAUGCCCUUUUAUGAUUACAUUUUUGGAACCAUGGACAAGACUACAGACACCACAUAUGAAAUAUCCUUGAAGAAAGAAGAAGGAUCCCCAAAUGUGGUACAUCUAACACACCUUACAACCCCUGAGUCCAUCUAUCAUCUAAGGUUGGGAUUUGCUUCCUUAGCAUCAAGACCCCAAUCUUCUACAUGGUACCUCUAUUUGAUGUGGCCAUUCACUCUUUGGUCUGCUCUUGUGACUUGGUUUUAUGGUCAAACAUUUGUUCUGGAGAGGAACGCUUUCCAAAUGCUCAAUUUGCAAUCAUGGGUUAUACCAAGAUUCCAUGUACAAUACCUUUCCAAAUGGCAAAGAGAAGCAUUAAACGAACUUAUUGAAGAAGCAAUAAUUCAGGCAGAGUUGAGCAAAGUUAAGGUUUUAAGUCUUGGUCUUUUAAACCAGGGAGACAAGCUGAAUAAAUAUGGGGAGCUUUACAUUCAAAAAUAUCCCCAGCUUAAGAUAAAGAUUGUGGAUGGCAGUAGCUUAGUUGUGGCCAUUGUUCUUAACAGUAUUCCCAUAGAGGCAACCCAAGUGCUUCUUUGUGGUAAACUUACUAAGGUUUCGUAUGCCAUUGCCAAUGCUUUAUGUGAAAGGGGUACGAAGGUUACAACAAUGUACAAGGAUGAUUAUGACAAUCUUCAAUUAAGGCUCUCCACUGAGUCCAAAAAGAAUUUGGUUUUCCCGGGAUCCUAUACUGCAAAGAUAUGGGUAGUAGGAGACCAAUGUAAUGAGGCUGAACAAAAAAAGGCACCAAAAGGAUCAUUGUUUAUCCCUUUUUCACAAUUCCCUCCGAAGAAACUGCGCAAAGACUGCUUCUACCAUAGCACACCAGCCAUGAUAACUCCCCCUUCUUUAGAGAAUGUGCACUCUUGUGAGAAUUGGUUGCCAAGAAGAGUGAUGAGUGCGUGGCGUAUUGCUGGAAUAGUGCAUGCUUUAGAAGAUUGGAACGUUAAUGAGUGUGGAGACAUCAUGUUUAGCAUUGAGAAAGUAUGGCAAGCAAGUCUUCAUCAUGGGUUUAGGCCAUUGAAGAUUAAUCCCCUUACUUCAAUUCUAAAUUAA